UUUGUAAAUUAAUGUUUAUUUUUUACCUGUAAAAAAGAUACAUAAUAAAAUGGUUGCAAAAUAUGAAUUAUAGUAAAAAAUGAAUAUAAAAGUAAAUAUGACUCGUGGUGGUGCAAUUUUAAAGAAAAAUGAUUCAAUAAGUCCUCAAACUCAAGAACUUCUUAACGUUAUGAUGGAAGAACCAAAGUUGACCAUGUUUCAAAAAAAACAGUUAAGAGACUCUAUUAAGGAAAUUCGUCCACUCCCAACUGUUUGUGGUCCUACUAGUAGCUGCAAAAAAUCACAGAAGCAGAUAGCACCUGUCAAAGUAAGAAAUCACUCUCAGUUUACUUCAAGUAAAAGAAAGAAAGAAAUUAUUGACUUGAUAUCAGAGAAAGAAAAAGUUAAUAACAUGUACAUUCCCAAGACUUGCAAGGUAAUAACGGAAGAGGACAAAGAGCUAUUGCAGAAUAAAAUGGCUUAUGGAAAGGAUUUUAAACAAUUUAAAAAAACAGCAAAAAAAACUGUUGCCAUUGAACCAUCUGAAAAUGUUGAUGAGUUUAACAUUGUUCUCCAAGAAAUUGAGGAACGAAAAAAUUUUUUAAAGGAGAUGGAGAAACUUGGUAAAGAAAAAAAUUACCUUUUGAUUAUUGAAACUGAAAUUUCACAAAACUGUUUAUUUUUGAAUGCAAAUGACUUAUCCAUGUUGCGUUACUUUUUUGGAGCACUUUUUUUAAACCAGGUCAAUUGCUUACCUAUUUUAGAUAGUUUUAAAUCUAAAAUACUAAAUGCUGGGGAAUUAUUUAUACUUUAUUUUGAUAAUAAGUUGGAUCUGUCAAUAAAUUAUAACAAUUGCUCUAAUAUAUUUGAUACAAACACAAUUGCUAAGUUGGGGUCUCAACCAAUAUGUAGGGUGUUUUCAAAAAACAGUAUUAAAUUGAUUCCAUCUCAAGAUGCUGUAUUGGCUUUUGGUGACAGUCUUGACUUUGACAAUAUAAGUAUAUCUUCAGAUAUACCAUUUUUAAUUGAGAAUUUUACAGAUGCUUAUCAAAAACCAUUUAUUAAAAUUAAUGGUCCAAACAGUUAUUGCAGGUGUUCAACUUCAAUUAACGAUAACCUAAAAGUUAAUGUUGAUUUUUCAAAUUUAACUGGGUAUGCACCAUUAAAAAAUAUCAAAUGGCAUAUAUAUGAUAAUGAAUUUGCUGAUGGAGAAGAUUUGUUUGCUGUGGAGCUUGAAGUUUUUCAGGGUUUGAGUGAAAUUACUAUUCAAUCUAAUUGGUUUACAGCUUCUCAGGACUAUUACAUUUUUGUGUAUGGGGAAAAUGUGUUUGGAAAUAAUGGUAGUGCAUUGAAAAGAGUUAAGUUUUCUAAAGAUUGUUUACCAUAUGUUGAGAUACAUUUAAACUCAAUGUAUUCAGAUGAUGAUUCUAUAGCAUUAAAAGCUACAGUUACUUAUCCGUUGUGCUCGAACCAAACUCAAAUUUUUUAUCCUGAUUGGUUUCUAAUUGAUAUAGAUCUUCCUCCAGUUAUUGAUAUUUUUUCAGAUUUGCUUUACAUUCCGCAUACAGUUCUUUCAACUGGUAUUUAUGAAGUUUUUUUUCGAUUUAUUGUUCAUGAUAAUAACAAUACGGAGCGUAGGGACUCCAUCAAUUUAGGUUUGAAUAUAGAAUCAAUAAGCUCUGGAGUAAGAAUUGUUGGUGGCGAUAGAACAGUUGGUAAAUUUAAUGUCCUUAAAUUAAGCACUGAGCCUUUACAUUUAACAAGUUCUGGCUCAUAUUCUUGGCGUUGUUUAUUUGAAAACAAACCAUGUAUUCAAAAAAGUAAAAAUAUGGUUUUUCCGACAUACAAUUACUUGGAGAUGAAUUUGCAGCCUUCUGAUCUAUUUCCUAAUUCUCAAUUCACUAUUGAAGUCAAAUAUACAUCAAAUGGUUUAAUAUCUACAUCGUCCGUUAAUAUCAUGGUGUUGUCAGGGAAUGUCCCAAUGAUUAAAAUAAAAGCAAAAAAAAAUAAAGUUUCAUAUUCUGAGAGUGUAACAUUUAUUGCAGAUGUAGAAAAUGUUCACACAAGUUUUAAUUACUCUUGGUCAUGCCUUUACAAAUACGAUGAUACAAAUCAAGAACUUAAUUUGGAAACACCUACUUGGCUUGAAGUUGUUAAUUUUGUUGAUGGUCGUGUUCCCUCAGUCAUCAAGCGUUUUCCUUCUUAUUACUUUGACUAUGAUCGUAUUGUUGUUUGUAAAUUCUCAUUUCUCUAUGGAAAUCAAUUAAUUUAUGCUUAUGAAGAAGUUGAAAUAGUCAUGCCUAUUAAAAAUGCCAAUAUUAUUGCUUCCCCUCAGUCUGGACUUGCAUAUGAAGAUAAAUUUAGGUUUCGUGUAUUUGGCUGGCAUCAAUCAAAUGUUUAUUUGUUUAGGUUUGGGUUUUAUGUUAAGUAUAAUACAGAUAAAGAAAGUGAUAAAGUUUACAAAUCGAUGUGGUCUGCUCAAAAUUGGAUUGAAAAUGUUCAGUUUUUUAUAGAGAAAGGAAAUGGACCAGGGAAUAAGUUGAAAAUCUUUUGUGAAAUUAUAGAUAAUCAAGGUUUUAUUACAACAAUCACUACAGAUAUCAUAAUAAUUCCUUUUAUUGCUGAAAACAGAGUGAAAAUUUCAAAAAAGGCUUUUGAUUUUGCUUACUAUUUACAAACUGACCAAUUGCAAUGUGCAGAAUAUUUACUUGAUAUUAUACCUCUUGCUAAUUUAAGUAACCUACUAGGUAGUGAUCCACAAAGAAUUCAGACAAAUCUUGUACUGUAUCUUGCAAAGUUUAGAAAACAAGGAUUUAUUGCUCUGUUAGUAACAAAGGCAAUGGAUGUUAUAUAUAAGUUUGUUUAUGCAACAAAAGGAAUUAUGAACCAAGACACUUUGAAGAAUAUUACUUCAACACUGAAUUAUAUAUCAGUUAACAUCUUAACUGUGCGUCAAGAGAUAGAUGCAAUUAAAAUGGCAAAACAGUUAAUAGAUAUUUCAAAUAUUUUAGUAAACUCUUCUGGUAAUUUAAAAGUUGUACUUUCAGAAACUCCUAGUAUUAUUAAAGGGUUUUUAAAUGUAGCUGGAAGUAAUUAUGAUAACCAACAAGAAAGUUUUCAUGGAAGUUUUAUAAGUGGACUUUUUGUUUUGGAACGUUUUCUAUUACGAGCAUCAACCAGUGUUCUUACCUUAAAUAAUAAUUUGAAAAAUAAAUACAGAAAAUGGCAAUGUCAAAAUGAGUAUCCAUUCAAUUGUACUGGUAUACUUGUUGUCCAAGCUCAAUAUGACUAUAAUCUGUUUUCCAAUAAAACCUUUGGCGAAGAUUGGCGACCUGUUUCUAAUGUCUAUGAAUUGGCUCUUUUUAACCCUGUUACAUUUGAGAAACUUAACACUGAUGAUGACGUUGAAAAUUUUUAUGAGGUUUCGCUUACUUUGAAAUACUUACAACUGAGUAAUACAAGCAAUGUUCAGUGCCAAGUGUGGAAUGUUGCUCAGAGCAUGUUUGAUCCUACUCUAUGUUAUUACUUUGCAUAUAUGCAAGAAGAACAUGUUUUGUGCAGGUGUAAACGCUUAGGAAAAAUAGUUGCUUUAUACCAAGAAGGGGCUUUUCCAACAACAGAAUCAGCCAUAAUUGAUCCUAACCUGUCCUACACAUUUUAUUUUCACAUGGACUUUGAUCCCUAUUGUUCAACAAUAACACGAAUGAAGUCUGUGACAAAUAAAUUUUCAUAUCAACUUCAACAAUAUAUUAUUGCAAGAGGUUUAUUAGUAUGGCCAAAGUUGAAAUUGGAGCUAAGAAGAAGUCGAUUGGUUGUUGUUAAUUGUUUAAAUGGAGGAUUUGGUAUUUCAAUAAUAAACAUGACAUUUAAAGAUAGAUAUGGGGAACUGCGAAGUUGGUUUAUUAAACAAGAAAUUGAAAACUUAGUUGUAAAUCAAACGUUUAAAAUACAAAUGAAGCAAGAAAAAAAUGGUUUUGGAAGAAUUACUUUGAUAAAGUUGUGGUAAAUGGUAAGAAACACGGAGAUUGCAAAAAAUGUCAUAAAAGAAUUGCUUGUCCAGGAAGCAGCACAAACGGCCUAAUUGGACCCGUCAAAAUUUGAGAGAAAAUAGUUUUAAAACCAUUCAGUUUCAGACCAGUUUUGACUAAGAUGUCGUUAAACUAUCUUCUUGCCAAGUUGAGAGCUGCAUUGAAAGCAAAAGGGGAAAAAUUUGGACUAAAAGGUGAUGAAUGGUGUAGUAAUAGAGGUAGAAGAUAUUACAAUUUAAUUGUUCAUCACAACAGAACGUAUUGUUUAGGAAUGGUGAGAUUGUCAUCUAACAUUUGAUAAUGGAUAAAUUAAAAGAAUUUGGUAUAGAUAAUAAAGAUAUCGCAGGUAAAACUACGGAUGGCUGUAUGUGGAUGGUGAAAUUGGGUACCAUAUUUAAGUUUUCACAUCUACCAGAAUCAUUCAAUUCAUUUGAGCGUUUGUGAUUUGAUAUACGCUAAAACAGAUUGUCGCGAAAUUGUGAACAAAGAAACUGAAUCGGAUAUUGAAACAAACGGAAACUGAUGGAGAGACUGAAGGAGAUUUUCUUAUUGAAUAUUCGGAGAAUAAGGUUGAAUAUGAAGAAAAUAUCGAAAAAAGUCUACAGAAACUUUGUAUGCUAAUUAAGUUUUUGAAAUAUUCAUCAUUUCGAUAUGAACUUAUUACAAGAAAAAUACACAAAAUAUACGGAUCUUCGCAUGACAAAUGACUGUUGCUCGACAACCAAACUAGAUGGAACAGUGUUUUUCAGAUGAUUAAAAGAUUUUUGAAUUGCUUAGAAUCUGUAAAAAAAACACUCGAAGAGCUAAACUGCUUAAACAUAUUAGAUGACUUGGAUUUCUUAAAAUCGCUGUCUGACUUAUUGGAAGUCAUUGCUGACGCUGCAGUUCAGUUGGAAAAACCAAAUACAACAAUUUUGGAGUGUGACGUUGUUAUAGAAACUUUUGUAAAGAAAUUGAAGGUUGUAGAAACUGACAUCAGUUCUAAUUUUGCAGAGGCGUUAAUCUCCAGAUACGAAGAUCAUAAAAACAUUAUGUUGGUAUCAUUGAGUCGCUAUUUGCACAAUUCCAAAAAAUAAAAACCAAAUUGUUUUACAUUCCAAAAAAGAAAUUCAAGUUUAUGCUGCAAAAUUAUUUGAUCAACUAUUUGCAACAAAAUAAAAUAGUCUCCAAUCAAAAUCAGAUGAUCACGCUAAAAGCAAAUAAGAAGAACCAUCACAAUCGACAUCUUUUUUUGCCGAAAUUCAAAAGUUCUAAAUCAAAAUCAAUCAGCAGCUAAAAAGCCAAAAAAAGUCAAGACCUUCACCGAUCAGUUGAAAGAAUAUAAAAUAACUGGUGUGAAAUCGGAAACAGUUUUGAAUUUUGAAAUAGCCAUCCACAGAGUUCAAGCAACUUCCUCGGAAGCAGAAAGAGUUCUCGUCUUUCAGAUUAGUAACAAAGUUUUGUAGUUCGCUUUCUGAUGAAAUGAUAGAUGUUUUGAUCUUUUAAAAUUUUAUUUAAAAAAAUCUCUAAAAUAAA